AUGGAAAAGCAACAAACACAAUCAAAGGGUCUCCAGCCGGAAAUUGGCAUGGUCGGAUCCAUUCUGUUUUUCGUGGCGCUCUUUUCAUUGGCCAUUCCGGAUAAAGAAGGCUAUGAACAAUUCAGAAAAUGUCAUGGAAAUUGUGUGAACGGUAUAUUGCAUGCUAUUGGAAUGCCAAUGGCUGUAUCGGGAGUCUUUUUGGUGGUCAAGUCGGUAUCCGACUCGGCGGAAUUCACGAGGCAUUUGCAGUUCUGUGUCACCACGGGGUACUUGUAUUUAUAUCUCCAAUACGAAACCGAUCCAUUCAGUCCAUGGAUCUUUUAUGUUUUGUACUUGGGAAUAUUUGAUCGGAUUCUAUAUCCCUACUUGUACUUGAAUACUACAUUGGGCCGACUCAAGACGUUGGUGAUUGGAAUUGGACUGGUUCUCUUCAAUGUGGGUGCAUUGGAGACUAUUGGCCAUGGUAUCUUUGAACACCAUCACAGUUAUGUUUUGGAGUUCUUCAACUCGGUAUUUCACACACCUUUGUAUGGCAUCAAUUCUGUAAUGGGAUUUGUGAGUCCUCGAUCUGACCACGUCUGUUGGUAG